UUUAAAUAAAUUUUUGCCUCCUUAGCUGUAGCCGCUCCAAGAGGCAGGAGAAGAACAACCAUGGCUUCGAUGGGGAUGCAAGUCUUGGGAAUUGCCUUGUCGGUGAUCGGCUGGCUAGGUACCAUCCUUUGUUGUGGGUUGCCGAUGUGGAGGGUGACAGCCUUUAUGGGCAACAAUAUUGUGGUGGCCCAAAUUAUUUGGGAGGGCCUAUGGAUGGACUGUGUGGUCCAGAGCACGGGACAGAUGCAAUGCAAGGUCUACGAAUCUAUGUUGGCACUGGCGCAGGACAUGCAAGCUGCUCGGGCUCUGGUAGUCAUUGCCAUUGUGCUGGCCAUCAUUGGCAUCUUCUUCUCCAUCAUUGGAGGAAAGUGUACUAACUGUGUGGAAGAUGAAGCUACAAAAGCCAAGGUGAUGAUCUUUUCUGGAAUUAUUUUCCUCAUCUCCAGCAUCAUGCUUCUGAUUCCACUCUGCUGGACGGCAAACAACAUCAUACGGGACUUCUACAACCCCAUGGUCCCAGAGAGCCGAAAGCGGGAGUUGGGGGCUUCUCUCUAUAUUGGCUGGGCCUCCUGUGGCCUGCUGUUCAUUGGAGGAGCACUACUGUGUUGCAACUGCCCACCCAAACAUGAGAAGCCCUAUUCGACAAAAUACUCAGCAGCUCAAUCGAUGCCAGCCAGCAACUAUGUCUAAGACAUUUUUUCCUCCCCCAUCUGUCUUGGGGACUUCGUAUCAUGGAGGAGACAGUUAGGGACUAAAUGGACUUCAGUGUGAGGAGGGACCCUCUUUUUCCCUCCUUUGGACUCAGCGUAGCAGCAGGAAACCUGGCAUACCUCAUCCAGAUUCGGAAAGCAAGGAUUAAUUUCUUGCAUUCACCUGUUUGAACAAACAUCUCUCAAGAACCAGAGUGACAGCUGUUCCUAUCCAAACUGUACUGAAAACUGGCUUCUGUGAGACUAAUGGAAGACUAGUCACCUUCAAACUCACCAAGAUCUCAGCUCAACUGAACAGUUGGGGAAUAAUUGCUGACGUGGAGGCCCACAUGGAAUGCAGCAGCAACAGGGAAGCUUGGAGUGGGGUGGGAGCUUGCUGGACUUCCGGACACGUUUGAAAUUUGGCUAGAAGAAUUUGAUGGUGGACAUAGACCUGGUGUAUAAUAGUGGCAAGAACAGUCAUUGGUGGAGGUGGAGAGCAUGGGUGUAAGUCCCCUCUAAUUGCUGGCUGUCUCUUCGUAUUUGGAAAUCUGGGUGGCAAAGAGUCUUAAUGUCCUUCAAGUUUGGUUUCUGGCUCUCUUUCCAUAACUCUGUGUUCCAUUAUUUGCAAUCACUCUUAUGGGUGUUUUGAUACCUGCUGAAACAGGAAGCUCUCUGGGAAGGUCCCCAUUCACUUACCUUCCUAAAACUGAGCAUGCUACUUAUAUGGUAAAGUGAUAGGAUCAAAUUGCUGUAAACUAUUUAAAAAGGAUGCAAUGAUUAAGCAGGACUACAUCUAGGUUUGUGGGUUGUGGAGGUCUAGGAAGAGGAAGCUCAAACUGUGGAAUAAUAAGUUUCUGGGCUGUCAGACAAUGAGUGGAGAAAGGAGAAGUAGAAGAUCUUCAGAGAUGUGAUAGGAAAUUUGAACUCUGCAAUACAGGGAAGAGAUUGAAUAACAACAAUGUACCUUUUUAAUGUCUUGCACGGUUUAAUUUAAACUCAGAGUUAAACCAGUUUUGAAUGCCUGAAUGCAGUUGUAAAUCUAAUCUGAGGGAGGGAUUAUUAAAAAAAACCAUUUUGAGAUUGGCUACCAAGAUGGUAUUUCUGUUCAUGUAUAAAAUACUGUUUAAAUUCUGUUGAAAUUGCACUGAGUGUCUCCAAUUCCAAUUGGCAAUUUGGGAAUGAUGGACUGAUGUUAAACAGGACCAAGUGUAUUAAAAAUGAUGUAUUUCCACCUUUCUUCCAUUCAGGGCUGGAUUUUUAGCAGACUCUUUGGAAGGUUAACCUCAACUAAUUUUGAACAGCAGGGCUCUAUCCAGGUGCUUAUCAAAUAAAGAAAAAAAUGUCUAUGGGCAUAGACAGAAGUCAGGUUUUAUUAUUGUUCUUAUUAUUUAAUCGAGUGUCAGACUAUCAUUUAGAAUGAAUUACUCUCCAAAAUAAGAUUUUGUCAAGGUUUCCAGAUGAAUGCGUAGCUCUCCUUUGACAAAUGCACUAUUUGCAGAGCCCAGAGGUGUUACAAACUUGUUCCUUCCUUGCAGAGAUGCUGAAGGAAGAAAGGAAAGUCAAUUCUUACGUUAUUAGAACUGCUUUUUUCAUAUUUUAUUUGUGAGAUGUUAUUGUUUGUCAAUUAUUUUGAGCUUGUGUAAAAGUACCCUAUAAAUAUUUUAAUUAUAAGCACAAAAAAAAAAACCUUGGAAUUUUUCAUGUGUGCCUCUCUUGUCUUUCCUUGAACUUAAUGUAUCUAUACAGUACAGUGCACAUUUAUUUUGCACCUGUUCUUUGUUAUCAUUCAGAGACAUUUUCCUGUGCAUUUGGUUAGUGAAAUUAUCAGAUGCUUGGUUCUUGUGGCUGAAACAUUGGGUUGUUAAUUAUGCAUUGGAGAAGGAAGGGAAUCAUCUGUUCUGUCAG